UAAACACCUGACGCAUGCGCAGAAAGUUUGUAGCUUUGAAGUCCGGAUUAUGGGUGUCCGAAUUAACGACUUUUGACUGUAUAAUAAAAGUAAAAAAUUUAAAGCGAAUCAUUGUAGUCGUUUAUGGCACAGAAUAAUUUAAUUCUAUGAGAAAAUAUUUUCGCAAAGGCUUCUGAAAGAUUUGGACAACACUGAUAAGUUUGUAGAAGUGUGUUAUUGACCAACAAAGGCAAAAAAAAAUGUUUACUGUCACAUAUUUGAAACAUGAAUUAAAGACCUGUAGUGUUUGGAAAUGGAAGGAUAUGGUAGGAAAUGAAGCAAUUGAUAUGAAAGGAACAAAAACAGUUCAUAUUAAAACAAGUCACGAUAAAUCUCAUCUCACCAUAGUGCAUUUCCACUUCAGUACAAAAUUAAAACCUUUAAUUAUUUUUAAAAGAAAGAUGACGCCGAAAUGCAGUUUCCCAAAUGAUGUUUUCAUUCAUGUUCGCGAGUAAGGAUGGAUGGACGAAAAUGACGUUUGCCAAAAACGUACUGUUUCCUUAAAGAAUUCAGAAAGUUUUUUAGUUUGGGGAUAUGUUCAGAUCCCAUCAAAUGGAAAAUAUGAAGAAAUUCUUAAAUGAGUGUAAUAUAGACAUGCCAGUUAUUCCAGGUGGAUUAAAGCCCUAAGUUCAAGAUUUAGAUGUGUAUAAAUAUAAAAUAUCAUUAAAUAUCAUAUGUAUCAAUAAAACAUUCAAAAAAAUUUAGAAUUACAGUGGAAUAUGUGGAUAUUAGAGGGGUGAAAAAGCAUUUACAAAAGGAGGUUAAAUGGGUCAUGUCAGUCUGGAAAUAAUUUCGAAUACGAGCCAUUUCCCUUUAAAGUCCACCAUGAAGGCAUGCCUUCCUAUCUAGAUUUUAGGCCUCAAAUGCUUUGCCAUAUUCAAAUAAUCAAACCAACCCUACAAGCAGAGCUUUUGUGUAUCCUGCUGUAUCGAACUGAUCCAGUCUUUUAUAUUAUAGUUAGUGUUAUAGUCGUUACAUUAAUUUUAUAGUCCUUUAAAUUAUUUAUUUCAUCAAGAAAUUCUGAUGACAAAGAUAUGCAUUUUAGGUAACAUAUUUGAAUUUGAAAAUCAAAUUAUUCUGUUUGAAUUGGUAGCAUUAACACUCUUGCUUACCUUGUAAGUUGCACUGCAUAACAUCUAGUAGUGGAUUUAUGUUAAGGUACAGCCUCUAGUUAUUAGUUAUCUAGAUUUAUGUUAAGGAACCAUAUCUCAAAGAACACUGCAAUCUCAAAUAGCUUAGGGCCUCAUCAAGUCUAAAUUUGGCCCUGCCAACAUAUCAAGUUUAUGAAAGACUAAUUUGAGUUUGCAUGUGAUAAAGUGUGGAAGAGAAUUUAAUGUUUCGAAAUAUAAAAGAUGUUCUAUUUUUUCUUGCCAAGUUAUAAUGGGAAACCAUUUUCUUCCUCUCUGUCUCUUUUUUUAUAUCUUUGAAAUUAUUAAGGAAUGUAAAACUGAAAGAAAGUCUAAUUGAAGAAGUUGAAGAGAAAUUUGUUAAGAAACAUUUUGAAACUAAAUAGAUAAUAUUUUUAAAUCAAAAUUUGAAAAUGUUUUUUUUCCCCCUUGAAAAAAUUACGUUUUGUAUUUCUGUUAUCUUUCUUAUAUGCGUAUUAUGUAUGUGAAAUUUUCACUAUAUUAUUUUCUAGGAAAGACAGAAGGAGUACUUUUAAAAAUAAUAACAGAUAUGCGUAAGGAUAUAAAGUAUUUAAUGAAUUUUUCACCAGUGAAUGUUGUACUAGAGCAAAAUGUUCCAACGAAUGUAAAGAUGGAAGUUGAUGACCCAGUUGAAGAUAUUCUGAAAAUGCUACCACUUAAAACACUGGAUGAACUUGACUUAUGGGAAGAAAUAAUAUCAGACGAUGACAACUUCAAAAAUUUGGUACGAGCUUUCGGAAUUAAAGGGGGUAAAACAGUAGAUGAAGCUACACGGCGAAUACUUGCAGAAAUAUUUACAUAUGAGGUUUCUUCAAAAAUUAAUUGGGCAGGACGAGGAGAGAAGCAGAGUUUCAAAACAUUUAGAUCAUGUCGACUGAUUUAUACCAUGUGUAUUUUCAUUGUUUUGCUUUCUACUACUCCAAUGCAGAAGCUGUUAGAAGUAACCCAUCUACUAGAGAAGCAACAGACAAACAAAUGGAAGAUAUCAUAAAAUCAUGGUUCAGAUAUUCUCCCAUGCGAUUACAGAGAAAGAAAGGCAAAGAAGAAAGUACAACCAAUAAAUGAAUUAAAAGAAAGAAAACAAUAUUUUUUCAUAAAUUAUUUUUAACUCUUAUUUACUUCAGUAAAAAGGUUUUCAUGUAUUUCUAAUAAAGUUUUUAAUAAAAACAGCAAGAAAA